AUGGAGCAUCUAACUCAGAAGCAUCAGAAAGGAGUGUCAGCCAACAAGCAAAGCAAAUACAAAGAGAGGACUCCCGGCAAUAGCAGAAGCAAGUUUGUUGGGGUGAGACAGAGGCCUUCUGGCAAGUGGGUGGCAGAGAUCAAAGACACAACACAGAAGAUAAGAAUGUGGCUCGGCACCUUCGAGACGGCCGAGGAAGCUGCUCGAGCUUACGACGAAGCCGCUUGCCUUCUUCGUGGCUCGAAUACUCGAACCAAUUUUUCUACCCAUGUAUCCCCUGAUUCACCAAUCUCUUUGAAAAUUAAAAACCUCCUUCACCAGAAAAAGACUUUGAAACAACACCCCUCACCAACCGCCACCAUUAAACCGAUUACUAGAAUUAGUUCCGGUUGUUGUCUCGCUAGUACCUUCGCUGGUUAUAGUUCUAAUUAUAGUGCUCCAUCUAGUGGCAAAGAUCAAGGUACCCAGAUGGUUGGUGAUGCAUAUAGACCAGACUUGAGCAACUGCAUUGCAGGACUUGAAUCUGGGAAGUCUCAUUCUGAUCACCCGUGGCCAUUUCCAACGGGGUUUGAUCAGCUUCCAUUAAUUCAAGAGAGGAUGGACUUCCAGAGACAUGGUGGUUUGUUGCCUGCAGGAACAGCAGGGCUAGAACUAACAGAAUUUGAGCAAAUGAAGGUAGAAAGACAGAUUUCAGCAUCGCUGUAUGCAAUGAAUGGAGUGAAUGAGUACAUGGGGAAUACUUGUGAUGCUAGUGAUGCUCUCUGGGAUCUUUCUACUUUGUGUCACUUGUUCUGUCCAAGUUGA